AUGGCCUCAGCUGUUGACGGAAGGAAUGGUACCAAAGUGGCCAUCAAGAAACUGUACCGCCCGUUUCAGUCUGAACUCUUCGCCAAACGAGCCUACCGAGAGCUGCGCCUCCUGAAACACAUGAAGCACGAAAAUGUCAUUGGAAUAUUGGACGUGUUCACACCAGAUAUAACACUGGAGAAAUUUAAUGACUUCUACCUAGUCAUGCCAUUUAUGGGAACAGACUUGAGUAAGAUAAUGAAGCAUGAGAAGCUAACUGAAGACCGAAUCCAGUUCCUGGUAUAUCAGAUGCUGAAAGGCUUAAAGUAUAUUCACUCGUCAGGCAUCAUUCACAGGGAUCUGAAACCUGGCAACCUGGCAGUAAAUGAAGACUGUGAAUUGAAGAUUCUGGAUUUUGGAUUGGCAAGGCAUACAGACAGUGAGAUGACAGGUUACGUGGUUACAAGGUGGUACAGAGCCCCAGAGGUCAUACUUAAUUGGAUGCAUUAUACACAAACAGUUGACAUCUGGUCUGUGGGCUGUAUAAUGGCUGAGAUGAUAACUGGGAGGCCUCUGUUCAAAGGAAAUGAUCAUUUGGACCAGCUCACAGAAAUAAUGAAAAUAACAGGCACUCCAACCCAAGAUUUUGUUCAAAAACUGCAGAGUCAGGAUGCAAAAAACUAUAUCAAAAGCCUCCCAAAAGUUCAGAAAAAAGAUUUUGCAUCCAUCUUGAAGUAUGCGAAUCCGCUGGCUGUAAACCUUUUGGAGAAGAUGCUGGUGCUAGAUGCAGAGAAGAGAGCCACAGCAGCUGAGGCUUUGAUGCAUCCUUAUUUUGAACCAAUUCAUGAUCCUGAGGAAGAAAUUGAAGCUGAGAAAUAUGAUGACACAUUUGAUAACAUGGAUCUGCCACUGGAUGAAUGGAAGCGCAUUACAUAUAAAGAGAUUCUGAACUUCAAGCCACCACAAACAUCAGAGUCAAAGGAGACAGCAGUGUAAUUGUCUGACUUGAUCUUUUCAGAACUCAGAAGAAAGCAGGAAAGUUGUAAAUGUUUGUGAUAUUUCAGGUGUAUAAAACUUUUAUAAAUAAACCGGAUGUAAUCUGUUUCAUCUGCACUGUAAGAAAGAGCAAUGUCAUCUUCUCUGCAUGUGGAAGUUGAGGCCUUUGGGAAUUUUCAAAACUAUACAGAAACUUAUUUCUACCCACAUUUCCCUUUUGCAUGAAGGAAUUCAGAUUGUGAUAACACAGUGUCAUCUUCAAAAGACCAGGUGGAACUACUUUUUUGAAUCAGAGGUCAGAAGAGUGUAAGUUACUCUGAACAAGCUGAGGCACAGAGCAUGUCAGCGAUGCACAGUGACUGCUGUCUACCACCAGUCCUGAAUGCUAGAAGCAUUAGCAUGAGUUCUUCUGGACUAUUCCACCUUGAUGAGGUGCCUGGAGAGGCUCAUCAGCCCCUGUUACCUCAGCAAGCGUAGCGGGUAGCAGAGACAAACCUGAAUGAAUGCCUGUUUCCCUUGUCCUACACGAGUGGAGAUCUGAGCUCCAACCAAUUCUGACAGAUUUGUGUAAGAGGCAAGAAGCAGAGAAGUGUCAGUGUCCCAUAUUUUUGCAAAGGAACCAAUAUAGUAGGACAAGAUUUCCCAACUGCGCUAGGCGAACAGUCACUAGAUAAACCGUCACUUUCAGGGCGUACAGUAUUUUAGUCUGAAUACAGUGCAGUUUCUUUUAAUAGACUAGAGGUCAAGGAUUUCCAGGGAGAAACUAUAAAAUUUUCUAAAAUUUUGUAGUUUUCCUAUUUCAUGUAAUAUCAUCUUAGUAUUGAAACAGUCACUGAAAAAGUACACCUCUCAGGUGACUGGAGAAUCAGCAGUGCUGAUGUUAGAAAUCAAGUUGCAGGCAGGUCACACUAGAGAAAAUAGGAUGAUAGAAAUACUACAGUGCAAGUAUUCUUGUGACUUGCAGCAAGUUGUUUUGUUCAGUGUAUAGAGGUGAUGUCAGGUGCAGAAUAAUAACUGUUUCUUUUUUUAGUCUUUGGAACUCAUCUUAAUUUCUCGGGGGGGGGGGGCCACCGGCACCCCGAGAAUUGCUCAGGGGGGCACCUCAAACUCAGUUGGGAGAUGCCUUACCACCAGUAGACAGCUCCCUUGUGAGUUCCUGUGGGAACUGGUCAGACACUUCCUAAGUCCCUCUUAUUAUAUGGGUUCAUUUAUUGUAUUUUCCUAAGUGCUUAGUUCAUAAUAAUCUCUCAAAGGAAAAAGAAAUUGGCAAAGCUGUGGGAUGCAGAAUUUUUUGUGGAAUUACUUCUGCUUGAUAAAGGUAGUCUCUUUAAAACUGACUAUUUGGAUAUGUGUAAUUCCCAAUGCAAUAUGCUGCUGUGUGUGGUUGUCAUGAAGGAAGACAUACCAUCAUAGCAGAAGGAAACUUGAAAAAGUCUCUGAAAAACAAGUAAGAAAUCACCUGUUUUUUUGCUUUGCUCGGCAUUUUAAAACAGAAGUUUAAUCAAUUCACAGUUGUUCUGUUUCUCUUAAUGAAUGUUUAACUUAACUGUAAAUAUCAGUAUUUGUUUAAAAAUCGUUUGUGAUGGACAUUGAUUAGCUGAGACAGGCACUGAGGGAGACUACAUGGUAACAGAAACCUUGCACUCUUGGUGUACUUGACAAGCCAUUAAAAAUGAUUGUU